AUGCAAACCGAUCCACACAGCACAUAUAGCACACAUAGCACAGCUGCUCUGUGGGGACGGCCCAGUACACAGCAGAUGAGACAGAUGAGACACGAGGAGAUGCAGAAGCAGGAAGAAGCGCACCAUUUCCAGCCCGCAGAGCCAAGCCCACCAAUCAUGUCUGAACAACAUCAAGGUGAACAGGCGACCACAACACCGGGUGCACAGGGUCAGAACAUGGUGGCAGCACGCAAGAGGGUUCUCUUGAACUCAACCGCAGUGGUGCAGUCCAAGCGCUUCGCAGAAGAGCUAAUUGCGCAGGAGCGGGAGACGCUUUGCCCAAACUUGCCCAGCCAAGUCAACAUGGAGAUCCUUGCGGCCAACACCAAAAUUGCAGAGGAGCUGAUCUACGUCUUCCGAGCAAAGCUCACCACAGAGUCCCAUUCUAUUCCCAACCAGGCAGUAGAAAUCAUGCGCACCGGGAUCGAGGUUGAGUGGGUGCAGAAUCCUGCUGCUACGACCAAUGAUGAGCAAUCAGCGUUUGCCCGAGCAGAGGAAGCCUCGGAGGAAGCCUUGUCUCGCGGAGCCAAGUUGGUCUUGCCUUUAGCUGCAUGUGAUUUGAUGAAUGUGACCUUCUUCUUGAUGUGCAACCGCAGCAAAGUGAUUCCAGCGAGGCUGGCUUGA